GGGUCCCCCCCUCUCCUCCCCCCUUCCCCGGCGGGGCCCGGUGAAGCCCGCCCUAAAAGCCCCCGGCCGGGAUGGCCUGUCGCCGCCGGGACCGUCGCCGCCGACCCCCCUUUUCCUUCCCUCCUCUUUCUACUGGAAGCUCCCGCUUCGGCCUCGUCCUCCUGCUAAAUGGGGGGCGGUCGUUCGUCCCUGUGUCGGGGGAGGGGAAGAGCGUGUAGGGAAGGGUGCGGGCGAGGCCGCCCGGGCCUCGCCCUUGCUUGGAUUCGGCAGGAGGGUGAGGAGCGAGGGGCGAUUUAGGCUGUGAGCCCGGCGUCGGGCAGGGAUCGUCUCCUGGCCCUUGCGGAAUUGCUCCCUCCAAGCGCCUAGGCCGUCGCAGGCGCCCCCUAAAUAGCCCUGAGCCAACGAAGACGCCGUAAGCGCCCCCUUUAAAUCCCACCUUGUGAACGGACCAGUUUUCCCUCCUCUUCCUCCUCUCCCUCGGUCGGUUGGAAAAUGGGAGAGGACCAGCGCACGGCCUUUGAAAGGAGAUUGGGAAGAGAUGGGGGCCGGGCUCCUUAGAGGUGGGGGCCGGGCGGGGGUCCCGCGAAUGGGCUGCUAAACGUUCGCCCCCUCCCCCCCUCCAGACUCAGGGGACGGGGGUCCCGACCUGGGAGCCGCCUUGGGGGUCCCUGUUUGGGGGAAGGAGCCCCCCCCCCCCAUCCUGUAAGUGUCUGCUCCCUCUCCACUCCUCCUUCCUCCUCCCUUACGGAGUUCCCUGGCAGGGUUUUUGGCAACACACCUUCUGGAUUGCAGAGCUAACGGUGGGACAACGGUUAGACUGUGGAAUAGGACCUCCAAGGGAAGGAAGCCCCAUCGCUUGAGACGUUUAAAGCCGGACUCGACAAACCACUGGAAAAUGCACUGUAGGAAACAAUCCUGCGCUGGCCAGGGUGGACCACGGUUGACCACCCAACGGGUCUUCCCAUCGCUCACUUUUUUUCUAUUUUUUGGUUGCUUUUGGAGUUAAAACUAGAAAGCGAAGACUGGGGAGGGGAACCAGUCAGGUCAGAGGUAGUUCCGAUGUGCUGAUCAUUUUGCUCCAGCAUUGUUAUGCAGUUAAACCGUGGUUUUUUUUAUUUAUUUUUUUACGACGAUGCCUGGCCCGGCAGCCCAUCCUUUCCAACGAGUCGCGUGUUCCUAGGAGUUAUCGAUUACGAUGGUUAAACUCUCGCGUACGGUUUUGUGCAUCGCACUGUAUACUCUUCGGGGUAGGUCUCCCGCACCUGCCGCGGAACAGACUCCACACCUGGACGUGUGCGCGCUUUUUGAAAUAAUUUAUAUCUGUAAGUUAAGGAGGUUUACAUCUGAAUAGAGUCAAGAUGAAUGAUUUGAAGGUAGAGUUUUUUUGUCGCCAGCAGCGUGGAACCGCUAAAGGGUUUUUGAAAAAUCAUAUCGUACCGUCACCAAAUUUAGGCGUAAUGAGAUAGCGCGCCAGACCCUCGUUGGCCGGCCAGUCCGUCUUACAAGACCCGGGAUCUCGACGCUUUAGAGGCAGAAGCGCACUCGCGUAUACUUUGGCGGUACACUCAAUUGAGAGUCUUAUGUUAUUUAAAACAACCAACAACAGCAACAAAAAAAGACGCUACAAAUGCAGGGAACGUGUCUGCUAAUUCUGUUGUAUCGUACUCUCCCAAACGCUUAGUACAGUGCUCUGCACAUAGUCAGCGUUCAAUAAAUACCAUCGAUUGACUGAAUGCGCUCUCCAUUUUGCACUCAGUUGGUUUUAUUGUGCCACAGAAGAGAAUCAUUAAAGGUGGUAACUUCAUGUGCUAUAUUUCCUGGAAGCAAAAAUGUGUUUACAGAGGGAGUGAUUAUGCACUGUCCAGUAUUUUUGUUGUAUUUCUGGUGAACCUCCUUAAACUGCAUGUAUAUGUUACUGUUCCUAUGUAUGUGUGUCUCUCUAUCACAUAACCCAGAACUUAUUUCCUCAGCCAAAUGGCUAGGGGUCGAGCCUAGCCCAGAUUUUACCUCCAAUGGACGCAAGUUACUUGGGUGAAGAUCUCUCCUGAGAGUUCGGGACUAGCAGAAAGAAGCGAGGAAAUUUCCACCGUUUGGUUCUUACGGAUAGGUAUUUAUGUAUUCCGGUUUGUGUGAAUGUAAGCUACGGUAUUUGACUUUCCAGAACAGCAUAUUUGGCAAGUGACAUUGAGUGGUUGGCCAAACCAUAAACGGUAAGGACACUUAAGAAAUGGAUCCGACUUAAACCAUUAAAGGAUUCUUUGCCUUUAAAUGUAGACUCGAUUAUAUUUUAGAAGGGGAUUUUUGCCUUCAUUAAGAUAAGCCGCUUGAAUUUAAUCGGUAAGAAGUGACUAGCAAACUUAAGUAUAAAUCCGAACAGCCAAGCGCCCCCACUUAGUUGUUUUAAUGUCGCUUUCAUUCAUUUUGAACGGGUAAGUAUUUUCAUUCUUCUCCCACACAAAACCUGUAUCUUAACUUCUUUACCUUGACCAGUUUGUUCAUAUUACAGAUAUGAUGGACGUGGUCACCUGCAUGACCUUUCUGAUUAUGACGCUGAAUAUUCCACCUGGAACCGAGACUACCAGCUGUCUGAAGAGGAGGCACGAAUAGAUGCCCUGUGUGAUGAAGAGAGAGGAAGAAUAUAAACGAUUGAGCGAAGCCUUAGCCGAGGACGGAAGCUAUAAUGCUGUGGGAUUCGCUUACGGCAGUGAUUAUUAUGACCCUUCUGAACCAACAGAGGAGGAGGAACCUUCUAAGCAAAGAGUAGAAAAAAAUGAGCCAGAAAAUGCAGAGGAAAAUGAAGAGCCUUUCAUUGCCCCUUUAGGAUUGAAUGUGCCCUCCGACGUGGAACUGCCACCUACGGCCAAAAUGCAUGCUAUCAUCGAACGGACUGCAAAUUUCGUCUGCAAACAGGGAGCCCAGUUUGAGAUCAUGCUCAAAGCUAAGCAGGCUCGGAACUCUCAGUUUGACUUUUUGCGAUUCGAUCACUACCUCAAUCCCUACUACAAACACAUCCAGAAGGCUAUGAAAGAAGGGCGGUAUACUGUCCUGACAGAAAACAAAGGUGACGAGAAAAAAAAUUCAGGUGUCAAUUCGGAUGACGACGAUGACGACGAUGAUGAUGGUAAUUAUCUCCAUCCAUCGCUCUUUGCUUCCAAAAAAUGCAGUAGACUUGAAGAGCUUGUGAAGCCUCUGAAGGUGGUAGAUCCCGACCACCCCCUCGCCGCACUCGUCCGUAAAGCCCAGGCUGAUAGCAACGCAGCCCCCCCGCAGCCCCCUGAUGGUGCCGCCGUCCAAACAGCACAAGUGGAGUACACCGCAGACUCAACGGUAGCGGCCAUGUAUUAUAGUUACUACAUGUUACCCGAUGGGACGUACUGCCUUGCGCCUCCACCGCCGGGAAUCGACGUGGCCACAUACUACAGUGCCCUCCCGGCAGGGGUGACCGUGUCGAGCACUACAGGAGUAACAACGGCCCCCCCGCCCCCUGGAACUACCCCACCCCCACCCCCAACAACAACCGAGUCAAGUAGUGGGGUGACUACCAGCACUUCUUCUACCAGCCCUCUUACUCCAGUGGUUGCCAUUAUUCCCCCACCUCCGGAUAUUCAGCCCGUUAUCGACAAGCUUGCAGAAUAUGUUGCUCGGAAUGGAAUUAAAUUUGAAACCAGUGUUCGUGCCAAGAAUGACCAGAGAUUUGAGUUCUUGCAACCAUGGCACCAGUAUAAUCCCUACUAUGAAUUUAAGAAACAGUUCUUCCUUCAAAAAGAAGGAGGCGACAGCAAACAGGCUGUAUCAGCACCAGAAGAAACUCCAGCAGAACCUGCCCCUGAAAGUUCAAGUGAAGCCGUGGAAGAGCCUGGUUCUGAAGAGUCAGAUGAUGUGGGAGGGAAAGGAGCGACAGCAGUUAAGAAGGAUGCCUCUGCUAGUAAAGUUGUCAGCGAUGGCAAAUUGGUAAAAGCUUCAUUUGCUCCGAUAUGUUUUGCGAUCAAAGCCAAAGAAAAUGAUCUACUUCCCUUAGAAAAAAAUCGCGUUAAGUUAGAUGACGACAGCGAUGAGGAGGAAGAGGGCAAGGAAGGCCAAGAAAGUUCUACAGUUACUUCCACCACAAACCCAACGGUUGCCCCACCCUCCUUGGUAGUUGAAGAAAAGAAGCCUCAACUAACACAGGAGGAACUGGAAGCAAAGCAAGCUAAGCAAAAGCUAGAAGACAGACUUGCUGCUGCCGCCAGGGAAAAACUUGCCCAGGCCUCCAAGGAGUCAAAGGAGAAACAACUGCAGGCCGAGCGCAAAAGGAAAGCUGCCCUAUUUUUACAGACUUUAAAAAAUCCCUUGGCAGAAGCAGAAAUGGGGAAAAUUGAGGAAAAUCCAUUUAGUGUAGAGGAAGUAAACAAUAUGCCGUGUACAUUAUUGGCUGGGGUCAGACCACUGCCUACUUUAGAAGUUAAACCAUCCGAAAGGCCUUCAAGCAAAUGUAAAGAUCCUCCCCGCACAGAAGAAAAAGAGAAGAAAAAGAAGAAGCACAAAAAAAGAUCUCGAACAAGAUCCCGAUCCCCUUCUAAGUACCACUCAUCAUCCAAAUCCAGGUCUCGGUCACAUUCAAAAGCAAAGCAUUCUCUUCCCAGUGCCUACAGAACAGUCCGGCGGUCAAGACCCUCAGCAUCCACAGGGACACUGAGCCCGGAGCCAUGUCUGAGCAGCUCAUCAAUGGCAGCAGCAACAGAUCAAGAAAGUUAUCAGGCAGCUUCGACAACGAAAAGAUUUGCCUCCCGGAGCUCUUUUGAGGGAAAACCUGGUAAAAUGUCAAGGUCACGGUCAAGGUCCCCUAGAAGGAGAGCUCACACUCCUGAGAGGCGAAGAGAGGAAAGGAGUGUUCCAACAGCAUACCGCAUGAGUAACAGCCCUGGCAUCAGUAGGAAACGUACUCGUUCCAGGAGCCCCCACGAAAAGAAGAAGAAACGACGUUCUCGAUCUCGCACCAAGUCCAAGGCCCGGUCACCGUCAGGGUCACCGAGCAAGCAGUCUGCACACAAGAACUCUGCACAUUCAGCCAGCAUCUCUCCUGUGGAGAGUAGGGAAUCCAGCCAAGAACGCUCCAGGGGAGUUUCUCAGGAAAAAGACGGUCAGAUCUCUUCGGCAAUCGUAUCUUCAGUGCAAAGUAAAAUAACUCAGGAUCUUAUGGCCAAAGUGAGAGCAAUGCUUGCAGCUUCCAAAAACAUACAGACUAGUGCCUCCUGAGACCGGAUGGACUAACCAUUAUGAAAACAUCUUGGAAGGGAAUUUUGCAAACAAUCUCAACUGCCUCAUUGUAACUGUGGAUCCUGCAUUCUCGAGCAUUUGUUCUCGAGCAUUACUUUCCGUUUGAGAUCACAAAAAAAGAUGAAAACCUUACUUAUGUACAGACUCAUCGUGAAAGAAUGCUGUCAAUUUUUCGCCCUGGAGCUCCUGAACCAGUGUAUGGUUUUUGUAAAUUGACUUUUGAUGCCCUUUUCAGUUAAAGGAUUUUUGACCAGCAGCCUCUUAUCUGUAUAUAUGUAAAUAAUAUCAUGUUUCUGUGAAAAUGAAAUACACAUUAAAAUUGGAGAGAAACAUCUUUUAUAGGUAGCAGAA